CCAGACCAGUGUAUCCCAAGUUCCCAGCCUCCAGGAUUUCUCUAGGUCACUCACUGUUCUUGCAAUGGAGCCAACUUGGGGGCCGCCGAGCGCUUCCGUUAUCGUUAUCGGCAAUCCAGUCACCUUCUCUUCGCACUUGUGCAAGCAUACCUAGGUAGGAAGUAUUCCUUGAGGAAACCUCACUGACUGCAGCCUCUCUCCAGUUGCGCCCAGAACACUCCCUGCUCUGCGACAUCUCCAUCUCUCGUGCUCUGAAAUCACUACUAUUGCAACAGUACUGCCCACACAAGAGCUUACUCCUCUGGCAAUAACCUUUCAGAUGGCCUCUCUGCCCCUCCACCCGAUUCGGGGCCUUGCAGAGAUCGCUGAUGACCCGCAACCAUCGCUAGGCAAGCGGCAUGGCAAGCAAGGGGAGCUAUCAGGCUUGUUUGCCCGCCGCAGCUCUCCAGCUUAUGCCCAGCGAAUCGAAUCGGCCAUCUGAGCAGCAACCCCACUCCCUGAAGCGCUGCUGGGCCUGCUAUCGAAGCUCUCGUCCCGGCUAUCCCUCCCCGUUCCAUACCUACGCCUCCAAUGUGAGCUAUCAGAACUCAGCUGUGAUCAUGAGACUCUUGCCCUGUAAUGAGUAAGCUUGCCUUGUUAGAGCUUGCAUUCACGAGCUCCUCCAGGCGGAUGUUGUCAUAAGUUGGUCGAGCUAUUGGAGCUUUGUCCUGCAGCCUCAUGCUCCAUCACCUCAUAAUGCUGGCGGCACCCCGCAGCUAGCUCUGAUUGUUUUCUGCUUCUCAGCUUCACGGUGAGUGCUGGCCACCGACCCCUCAUUCCAGUUGUCGCCUGCCCGAGUAGAUCCUUGAGCAAAGAUGGGUGCAAGAUCCAUCUUCAAUGUCCUGUGUUUGUGUCUCCUUGCCUUGUGCUUCACCGCUACCGCCCAAGCAAGUCUCCAGGAGCAGGUCCUCAGCACGUUCAUCUACACCAGAUAUGGCGAUAGGACACCAUUUGUGCUUCCCAUCUCGCCCACUUUGACCCCUCUGGGUGCUCAGCAACUUUUCGAAGCCGGCGACCGAGUUCGCCAGAGAUACCUCGUGCCAGUCGACGGCACGGCUGAGCCAACGACCAUUGCUGGCAUCGCGUCAUAUCAACUAGAGUACGACCAAUUGACCAUCGUGUCGACUGACGAUCAAUAUGUGUUUGCUUCAGCCCAGGCAUUCCUUCAAGGGCUAUAUCCGCCGCUGCAGACGUCGUCCAACUAUACGUACAUUGCUGGUCAAAGUACUAUUCAGAAUGGAUCCAACCUGGUGGCUCCACUGAACGGCUACCAGUAUCCGAACAUCAAUACUGUCUCCAGUAACGAUCUCAACUCAAUCUGGGUCGGUGGGAUGAGCAAUUGCCCAGCAUAUGUGGCGUCAACGAACGAUUACUACGGGACUCAGGCCUUCGAGAGCAUUGAGAACAGCACCGCACAGUUCUAUGCAAGCUUGCAGCCGGACUUCUUGGACGGAGUUUUCUCAGAUGCGUCUGUCGGCUACUAUGACGCCUAUUACAUCUAUGACUACCUCAACUAUGCGUCAAUUCAUAACACAAGUGCAGCGCAGCUCCUGUCCGCAGAAGAUCUAACCAGAGCGAAGAUCCUGUCCGAUGACUGGGUUUUUGCCCUAAAUGCCGACAUCGACGCUUCGGGCUCUACUCCUGGUGACCACAUACGAGCGAUAGCCGGCCGCACUCUGGCUACACGCAUCCUUCAAGCCUUUUAUACGACCAUCAACACCCAAGGAGCUUCAGACAAGAUGACUCUAUUCUUCGGGAGCUUCGAGCCAAUGGUCGCAUUCGCAGCUCUUGCCCAGGUAGUCUCACCUCAGAAUGCUGCAUUUUACAAUGUCCCCGAGGCCGGUGCCAGCUUUAUCUUCGAGCUCUACACUCUGCAGGCUGAAGGCGUCGACACUUAUCCUGACACGUCGGACAUCUUUGUCAGAUUCCUCUACCAAAAUGGGACGGGGUCCGAUUCGUCGCUGGUGGAAUAUCCUCUCUUUGGGCUGAGCCCCAGCCAGACGAGCAUCACUCUGGUAGAUUUCAUUGCGGGUCUGGAGAAUUUCAUGAUCUUCAAUGUGGAAGAUUGGUGCACUACCUGCAAUAGCUUCAGUGUCUUCUGCCCGGCGUUCACCGGGACCGAUGGAAAUCUCAACCCAACCACUGGAUUCUCUCCCAGCCGUCACGGCUUGUCUCCCGUCGUGGCCGGUGUCAUUGGAGCUGUUGUCACUCUUGCAGUGGCCGCUCUCUUAUUUGGUAUGGUGAUGUUGCUGGGAGGUGUGAGAUUACAUCGCGUCCAUUCCAAGCGCAGGUCCGAGUUGGGAGGAUUCAAGGGUGGGAAGAAACUUGCCAGUGACCAGGAUCUCACUCUUUCAAAGGGCGGUGCAGGUGCUGUUGUUGUGGCCAGUGAAGAUCCUGCCUAUCCAGCGCCUGUGAGAGGCCACGAACGCGUCGGAAGUUGGGAACUCAAGGAUCAAGCAAAGGCCGAGGAGGCGCAGGGCCGCGUCCUCAGCCCAACUGAUGUUCGACCGCGACGACCAAGUUAUGAGGAAGACGACAUGCCUAUCAAUCCCUUUACGCCUCCAGUCGCGCCGCACAACCAUGUAUAAUGACUUAUGACUGAGAAAUGCCGGUGCUGGAGUACGGUGUCAAUUGGGUUCUGCCACACCCAUGAUAUCACUGAGACAAAGUAAACACAAGGCUAAUUGGGCAGCACAGCAGUGAAGAAUUUUAUCUGAACAUUCACUAAACUCGUGGUCGUGAAUUUGUCUUGCCAAAGAUUCUUCUGAGCCUUCUCAACUCGCCAUCAAUGUCUACUUUCUUCCUCUGCAUCCCCAACCAACUGACCGCGACUGUCAACCCCGUCCACAGCAUCAUCACUUCAUCUUGGAUUGCGCCCACGCUCGCGCCCGCGCCCGGAUUGUUGGAAGGGCAAAGCAGCUUGCCCAGUCCGUCGACAGCGCAGAU